CGAGACGCGGGCGAAGGGCGGAGGGGAGGGGCAGGUGGCGCCCGGGAGGGAGGCACCGGGCCGCGGGCCAAGCCGACUGGGGGUCACAAUUUGGGUUUGCUGCCAAAAUGCUUUCAGAACAGACAACAGCCCUGGGGGCCAGAUGGGAGUCAAUGAAUGUCCAGCUGAAUGGAACCGAGCCUCGGGUGGAAAGGAGGAGCCAGGAAGAGGGACCGUGGAGAACAGCGCCAGGGCCACUGGAACACCUGUGCUGUGACCUCGAAGAGGAGACGCAGUCUCUUCAGGAGAAGGCUCAGGCAGCUCCUUGGGUUCCUGCCAUUCCCCAGGAGGGGAGCACCGGAGACUGGGAGAUGGCAGCUGCACUGCUAGCAGCUGGAUCACAGGGCCUGGUAACCAUUAAGGAUGUGUCGCUGUGCUUCUCUCAGGAGGAGUGGCGGAGCCUGGACCCCUCUCAGACAGACUUUUAUGGAGAAUAUGUCAUGCAGGAAAACUGUGGGAUAGUGGUUUCUCUGAGAUUCCCCAUUCCCAAGCUGGACAUGCUUACUCAACUAGAAAAUGGGGAAGAACAGUGGGUCCCUGACCCCCACGACUUGGAGGACAGGGAUAUCCUGAGGGUCACAUAUACAGGAGAUGCAAGUGAGCAUGAGGGAGAUACCCCUGAACUGGAAGCUGAACCUCCCAGAAUGGUAUCCAGUGUGUCUGAAGAUACUGUUCUCUGGAAUCCAGAACAGGAUGAGAGCUGGGAUUCCAUGGCCAGGAGCCCCAGAGGAAUGUUCCUGGGCCCACCUUUUCCUCAGGAGGAUAGUUUCUCCAACCUUCUGUGUAACACAGAGAUGGAUUCCCUUUUAAGACCCCACACAUGCCCUCAGUGUGGGAAACAGUUUGUGUGGGGCUCCCACCUUGCCAGACACCAGCAAACCCACACUGGGGAGAGGCCCUACAGCUGCCUCAAGUGUGAGAAGAGCUUCGGGCGAAGACAUCAUCUGGUUCGGCACCAGAAAACCCACCUACAUGACAAGCCCAGCCGGUGCUCUGAGUGUGGCAAGAAUUUCCGGUGCAAUUCCCACCUGGCCAGCCAUCAGAGAGUGCAUGUGGAAGGCAAAUCCUACAAGGCUCCAGAGUUUGGGGAGAGCCGUGGUGUCAGGAAACGACAGCGCACCCCACCAGUGCCAAAAUGCCAUGUGUGCACUGAGUGUGGGAAAAGUUUUGGCCGAAGGCACCACCUGGUAAGACACUGGCUGACCCACACUGGGGAGAAACCCUUCCAGUGCCCACGCUGUGAAAAGAGUUUUGGCCGCAAACAUCACCUGGACAGGCACCUGCUGACCCACCAGGGACAAAGUCCCCGGAAUAGCUGGGACACAGGAACACCUAUCUUUUGAAAUCUUUUUUUUCUCUGCAAAUGUGGUUAAACCUAUCAGCCGGUGCUACCAGGAGUCUCUGCCAGAGCUGCCUCUCUCCUGCACCCCAGUGACCAGAAUCCUAAGCCCUAGCCCUAUCUCUAGAAAGAUGGGGUUCCAGCAUUAAGCAGAGUAUUCCUUACCAGUUCUUUGAGACACCACACAAAAACAGGGUUCUCAGGACAAAAACUUUUGGGAAACAAUGCACACUACAUGGCUGAUAUUUAGCCGAAAACCAUUUUCAAAGGUACGUUGGUUCUAGCAGUUUGUGGCUGAGGUCCAUUUUGAUUGGUUGGAGCUGUACCAUACCAGUUGUUAAAUACUUUUGAGUGUCACUUGUAUGCUAGAUUAUAUUUUCUCUCUCACAGACACACACACAUAGUAGCACAA